CCGGAUUGCCGGCUUCGGGGGACGCGUCGCCCCGCGUCUCCAACCUGGACGACCCCCCGCGGCCUGGCCCCGUCCAUGCCAAGGGCCCCCAGCUCGGCACUGACAUGGCUGAGAGCGCCUCGCCGCCCUCCUCUUCUGCAGCAGCCCCGGCUGCUGAGCCGGGGGUCACGGAGCAGCCCGGCGCCCAGAGCCCCCCGCCCUCCCCGCCAGGCCUGGAGGAGCCCCUGGAUGGAGCCGAUCCUGAUGUCCCACACCCGGACCUGGCGCCCGUUGCCUUCUUCUGCCUGCGGCAGACCACCAGCCCCCGGAACUGGUGCAUCAAGAUGGUGUGCAACCCGUGGUUCGAGUGUGUCAGCAUGCUGGUGAUCCUGCUGAACUGCGUGACGCUGGUGCAUGUACCAGCCCUGCGAUGACAUGGACUGCCUGUCCGACCGCUGCAAGAUCCUGCAGGUG